ACUGUACUGACUAAUCAGCCAACACGUAAGUAUCUUAAUUUUUGUGAAAUCGUUUAAGUACUUACUUUAACUGUACUUGCAGUGUAUGCUGUGGGAAUAUAAUAAAAAAAUUUUUGUCAGUGACAAUUUGUUUGAAAUUAUCUGCGCUUAGCUGGAUUAAGUCUUUGGCGCACUGGAGUGAGUUUUGUUGGCUCCGUUAGCAUCUAGCCUGACAAAAUGAACGCACCACCCGCAUUUGAAUCACAUCUGUUGUAUCCCGGAGAGAAGAAGAUCACCGUGGAGAAGGACACAAAGGUGCCCAACGCGGCCGUCUUCACCUUCAACAAGGAAGACCACACGCUGGGCAACAUGCUGCGCGCGCAGCUAAUCAAGGACCCCAACGUGGUGUUCGCGGGCUACAAGGUGCCCCAUCCCCUGGAGAACAAGUUUGUGCUGCGCGUGCAGACGACAGCGGACUACGCGCCGCACGAGGCUCUCAACAACGCCAUCACCGACCUUAUCAGCGAGCUGGCCUUCACCGAGGAGCAGUUCAAGGAGGAGUUCACCAAUAAGAAGAAGCAGGGACUGCACGCGCGACACGUUAGCCGCGCUAACGACGACGAGGAAAUGUGAAGCGUGCUGUAUGUCGAUUCUCUUUCAUGGAUCUCCGCUUGGAUUAUUCGUGCAGUUGACGACAAGGCCUUCGGAAAAAUCUGAUUUUUAUCUGUGGAACACGGGAAUGUUUUUUGGAUCGUUUUGUAUUUUGUUGAUUAUAGGCCACAGUAAGUCAGCGAAACUAAUGAAGAAAUUAAAUAAAUGCUGUCGAUUCGAUAUUUCCACUGGCUGCGUUUUCAGAUUAUUCUGAGUUUUUAAUGCCUGAAAUUAUUAGGCUCGCGAACAUUUGAAGUAAACACUUUUCUGUCUGCUCUUCGUGUGACAGAAGCGACUUUCUUUGCAUAAAGGAGGAUUAUUUUAAAAAAAACUGGACCAUGGUUUUCGGCUAAUAGUAAGUAA